AUGGCGACAAAUUUAGGUAUAAGCGAAUUAUACUCGAAUCCUCAGGACGCCGAUACACCGUAUGAAUUUCGUGAUGAUGAUAGUGGUAAUGACGAAAAAGUUGGUUACACUCACUCUCGUUACAGUAUUUCUUGCGAUUACGAAGAAAAAGACGAUUUGAAUUACGAGGAGACUAGUGAUGAAAAAACGAAUAAUCGUCAGCAUAAUCACAAUCCGAUUCUGCCAAAGCUUACUCGUCCGUGUACCAUUGCGAUUAGUGCAAAUGUAGAUCCCAAUGCUUUACGAUGGGAUGGCAUCAAAAUAAUAGACGCACUCAGAAGAAAUGCUCGAACAAAUAGUGAACAAAUCGUUGUUUAUUACUACUUAGCUUCAAACUUGAAAGAACAAGAAGAUUAUAAAAAUGCGAUCGUACAAGCUAUCAAAGACAUAAAGGAGGCGGCACCCGGUAUUAAAUUCAAAAAGUCUCGUGAAGAGAACAAUCGUAUUCGCAUCCAGUACUCAAGCAGAGGUACCAGUAGUAGUAGUAGCGUUGGAAUGGAAGGAGGUCAACAAAUCCUGAAAUUAGGAUGGGCUACAAAGGGUAAUGUUCUCCAUGAAUUACUGCAUGCAUUGGGGUUUCUUCAUCAGCAUCAGCGCUAUGAUCGCAGUGAGCAAGUUUCUAUUCCUAAACACAGAAAGGACGACCCGAAUUACAAAAAAGAGGGCCUUCAACCCGAAGGCAGAUAUGAUGCCAACUCUAUUAUGCAUUAUCCUUGUGACGAGAAUAUGAGAAAUAAGCAGCUCUGGGCAAAGCAUAAUUCAAUGUGCCUUAGUAACGGUGAUAAAAUCGCACUUAACGUGUUAUAUCCACCUGUAAAAAAGGCUCGGGAAUGGGAACCGAAGAAGGGAGAAACUGGUUUGUACUAUUGUGGAAAGAAAAAUAUGAAAGAUAACGAUGCACCAUUUUGCUCAACUGGAACCGAUGGGUUUUGUGGCCCUGAUAACGGUCCAAACUGCCACAUUUGCCGAUGUUAUGGUGGAAUACAACAAAGAAAGAACGGUCACGGACAUCUGGCCAAGCAAGGAGAAACAGGCUUGUUUUAUUGUGGUCAACAAAUCAAAGGCACAAAACAACGAGCAGGACACGAUGAUUACUGUGGUCCUGAUAACGGUUGGCCUUGUGAAUCGUGUUCCCAACUGUUACGAGGGGCGUAA